AUGCCUCUUGUGUUACCACCACCAUCACCAUCAUCAUCACCACCACCAGUAGGCAGUAGCAGCAGCAUGAUAAGUUCAGAUGACCGGAGUGUCUCCAUCUUCCUCCUUUUCAUUCCAUGCUCCUUCUUAUUUUUGUUCAUACUGGUACCAUUCUCCUUAUCAAGUUCCACGUCAGCAAAUUCACAACAAUGCCUGGACCUUCUCGACCUCAAAAAAAGUUUCAUCAUGCUCAAUGCAAGCACCGACAUCGACUACUACUUCCCUGCAACAACUUCACUCCCGCACUGGCUUCCUGGCACAGACUGCUGCGGGUGGGAAGGAGUCAGCUGCGACGAAGCAUCCGAUCUUGUUGUUUCUCUGGACCUCAGCGAGAGGUAUAUGGGAGGCAACAUUAUGCCCUCCCUUUUCAACCUCACCUCCCUCCAAACACUCAAUCUUGCCUACAAUAGCUUCAACCAGCUGAGUGCUGUCCUGCUUUUGGAUUUGGAAAAAUUGGCUAAUCUCACACAUCUCAACCUUUCAUAUUCCGGACUGCUGGUAGGCCAAGUCCCCAUCAGCAUCUCUCGCCUCACAAAACUCAUUUCUUUGGACCUUUCCACAUAUGACAUAUAUCCUUUGAAGCUGGAAAAGCCUGACCUUGGUACUCUCAUCGGAGACCUUUCUCAUUUAAAAGAGCUGUAUUUGGAUGAAGUGGAUAUUUCUUCAAGCACGACGGAGUGGUCCCAAGCCAUCUCUCACUCCGUUCCUGGACUUGAAGCUCUCAGUUUGAUUGAUUGUUCGCUGUCAGGGCCAAUUGACAGUUCCUUCUCCAAGCUCCAAAAUUUAUCAAUACUUCAUCUUGAUUCCAAUUCUCUGUCCCAAGUGCCUGAAUUCUUUGCAAAAUUUCCUUCUUUAAGUGUGCUGAGUCUCAAGCCAAUACCCCGGUCAAUCUGGAAUCUCAGUGAAUUGGUUAAUUUAAACCUCGCUGAUAAUCACCUCUUUGGGGACUUGCCACCAAUGCCUGCUAGUUCAAAGAUCUCGAUCCUUGAUCUUUCUUAUAAUAAUGUCACUGGACUGAUCUCCAGUACUCUCAGCUCUGCACGUCAACUUGUGUCACUUGAUUUAGCAGGCAACUCACUCACUGGAUCUAUCCCAAUGUCUUUGUUCACCCUACCGCAAUUGGAAAAGUUGUAUCUAGCUGACAACAAGCUCUCGGGUCAGCUGCAAGAAUUCAAAAACGCAUCUUCUACGUUACAAUAUGUUGAUCUAAGUGGCAAUAAUCUCCGAGGGAAGCUCCCAAAAUCACUAGCCAAUCUCUCUGCUCUCGUGUUACUUGAUUUAGGUUCAAACAACUUUGAUGGCUCAGUGGUGGAAUUAGAGUUGUUUGGCUACCUUCAAAAUCUCAGAGUCUUGGAUCUUUCAGGCAUUAACUUCUUGACCUCUAACAGAAUUGCAGAUUCUUCUCAUCUAUUUCCAUCUCUUACUCAGUUGGAAUUGGAAUCUUGCAAUCUCACGGCUAUCCCAUCUUUCUUGAAACAUAAAAAGAAUAUAUUCCUGCUAAACCUUUCAUACAACAGAAUUAAUGGUACUAUACCCACCUGGAUAUGGAGUAUUGGGAGUUUCUUUAAGUUUAUGUAUUUAGCUUUCAACUCAUUCACAGAUAUUGAGAAGACUUUCUUGAAACAUUCAAAUAAUUUUUGA